UUGCAGAGGACGCCAGCAUGGCAGUCGGUGCGUUGGCAACAAAUUCGCUACAGGUCAUCACGCCCGAUGAACACCGUUAUCCUGUUUGUGCCACAGCAAGAAGCAUGGGUGAUAGAGAGGAUGGGAAAGUACACCCGCAUCCUUGAACCUGGUUUAAAUGUUCUAAUUCCCUUCAUAGAGACGAUCAAAUAUGUACAGAGCUUGAAGGAAAUAGCGAUAGAAAUUCCACAGCAAAGUGCAAUUACAGUUGAUAAUGUUACAUUAGACAUUGACGGUGUUUUAUACCUGAGAGUGUUUGAUGCAUAUAAGGCCAGCUAUGGUGUGGAGGAUCCAGAGUAUGCCAUCACCCAGUUGGCACAGACAACUAUGCGAUCUGAGGUGGGAAAGAUCACACUGGACACAGUGUUUCGUGAGAGAGAGCUUCUUAACACUGCAAUUGUAGAGGCUGUUAACAAAGCUGCGGACGCGUGGGGUAUCGUCUGCCUGCGUUAUGAGAUCAGGGAGAUGCGCAUGCCAUCCCGUAUUCAGGAAGCUAUGCAGAUGCAGGUGGAAGCCGAGCGAAAGAAAAGAGCGUACAUUUUGGAAUCCGAGGGUGUUCGAGUGGCAGAGGUCAAUGUAGCUGAGGGCAAAAAGCAGAGCUUGAUUCUCAACUCUGAAGGUCAGAAGCUGCAGCAGAUCAACUUGGCUGCUGGUGAGGCCAACGCUAUCUUUGCGAAGGCUGAAGCACGAGCUCGAAGUAUUCGUGCCAUUGCCAAUGCGCUCGGAGAGAAGGACGGUAGCAAUGCUGCAUCCCUGAGUGUGGCAGAGCAGUACGUCAAUGCCUUCUCCAACAUUGCCAAGCAAUCGAACACCAUCCUGUUGCCAAGCAACGUUGGAGAUGCUUCCAGCAUGGUAGCCCAGGCACUGGCCAUCUAUAAGAACCUGAACCAGCAGAUUCCAGAGAGUGAGACGACGGCCGAAAACGAUCAUCCGCAGAAAACGCAGGAAGGUGGCAGCAAGGAUCAACACACCACCAGCUAACCACCGAAGGAGCAGCAGCAGGGAGGUGGCAGCAAGGAUCAACACACCCUCAGCUAACCACCGAAGGAGCAGCAGCAGGGCACUGACACCAGUGACCCAUACACUCCUCCAUCUACCUGCUAGUAUGUGAUACAGAAAGAUUCGUGCACCUUCCAGCUGUGUCCAUGCUUACUCGAGGGUGUUACAUGAUGAGGUAAAGUCAUAAACGAUAUGAGCGAGGGAAUUGGUAUGAAAGAGAGCUUGCACAUGUUUGUGCGAAAACUGCUGUUUUUGAAAAGCAGUUUUAUGGCGAGUUAUUGAAUAGAAUUAAUUGCAUUGAGAUUGUGAGUCAAUUGUUUGUGAGUCAGUCAUCAUGGUAACUUUUGCUGCUGAUAUCUUUUUGUAUUAUAAAUAUAGCAGGUGUUGGCAGAUCUAAUUAAUUGGAUUUGCAGUCAUGCAUCAUACAGUACAGGUUUAUUCACAGACCGGUAUAGUCACAAUAUAACAUUCUUUCUUCUGUGAUGUUCAGUUAUCCCGGGCAGUGACGUGUCUAUUGAUCAAGUACAUGGCAUAAAGUGUCAAACUAAUACAUACCAA